AUGGCAGAUUUGAAUCAAAACGGCAGAACUGCUGCGGAGCAGCUAGAGCGCGAGGCCUUGUACAUCCAUCCGUCGGAGAACUCAAGUUUGGCGUUAUCCACUUCUCCAUUGGACGGUACAAAAUUUCUAACUUGGAGUCGUGUUGUUUAUGUGGCUCUAGGAACAAAAAUGAAGCUUGGCUUCAUUGACGACACGUUCCCUAGGCCGACGAUAGGAUCAAUAAAUUUCAAACGAUGGCGUAGAGUAGACCUGAUGGUUACAUCUUGGUUGUGGAACUCUAUUUCAAAGGAGAUCGUCGAAUUAUUUUUGUAUGUUACUUCUUCGCGUGAACUUUGGUUAGAAAUACAAGGUCGAUAUGGUAGGAGCAAUGGACCGAUGAUAUAUCAAAUCCAGUGCGAGAUUUCUUCUAUCGCCCAACUUGAUUUGUCCUUAAUAGCCUACAUAACCAAGCUGAAAAAAUAUUGGAACGAGCUACUGGUUUUGGCACCUGCUCCAAGGUGUACCUUUGUGGUUGUUGUACGUGUGGAGUGA